AUUUCACAAAGGUCCCGCCCCUACAGUGCUGAGACUGGCAGAGCAGGCGCUCCUCAGCCAGAUGAGCAGCAGAGGUCCCAGAACACAGGAUUACGGUGGGGGGGCACAGACCUGGUCUCUGUUGUGCUGAGGAGCUCCGAGUGGAGCCCACACCCCUUUGUGGGCUGAUUGAAUCCUCUUCGUCCCCCUCAUGCUCCGGCAGGCGGCGAGGAGGAGGCCGGGGGGGGCUCCCUGACGUGGGAUGGCGCUCCAGAGGAGGCUGGUGGUCGCCGUGGUGACCGCCGGCUCCCUGCUGUGCGUCUACGUGCUGUGCGUGCACCUGGAGAGGCCCCCGUCCUGGUCCCUCAAGCACCCCCCCGGCUUCAGCCAGGCACCGAGGGGGAGCAGCUCACCGGCCCCCCGGGAGCCUCGUCACAAUGCCCCCCCCCCGACCCCCGCCGCUCACCCGGAGCUCACGGCGGCUUCGACCAUAAAGGCUGAAGGGGGGGACAGGACGGGGACCAAAGGCCCCCCCGCACUGCAACGCCAGCAGGACGUCCGGGCCGACGGGCCCACGGACCCCCCCUUCAUUGGAGACGCUUACAGGACUGAAGACGUCCCGCCGCAAACGGAGUGCGGAGACGACAUCAGGAGUCGGGUCAAGAAGACGGCCUUCGGGGGGCGGUUUCUGGAGCACGUCCCGGUUCUGCAGUGGGCCGGAGACGUCACGCUGGAAGAACACCAGCGCCUGAGCCGGUACCCAGGAGCACAUGGCUGGGGGGGGGUCGACUACAAGACAUUGGUGGAAACUCUGUCCGUCCUCAACGCGUCUGCUAACCGCCUGCUGUUGGACGACUGGGGUCGCCGUGGCAACGCGUCCGCGUGCAGCCGCUGCGCUGUGGUGGGGAACGGGGGCAUCCUGAAGGACUCAAAGAUGGGCGAGGAGAUCGACGGCCACCACUACGUCUUCAGGACCAACGGGGCCAUUGUUAAGGGCUUUGAGCAGGACGUGGGGUCCCGGACCACCCACUACACCUUCUCCACCAACACGCUGAUGAACUCCUUGAGGAGCUACGCUGGCUUCAGUGGACCUCCUCAGUCCACGGAAACCAGAUACGUGUUCCUGCCCGACCACGACCGCGACUUCCUGCUGAUGAAGGCGGCGGCGACGCACCGCCUGGUGGAGAGAGGACGUGAGCGAGCAGAAGAUCCAACCAAGUACUUUGGAGCCGACGUGUCAGUGGAGAAGCUGAAGAUGUACCACCCGGACUUCAUCCGGUACCUCAGAAACAGAUUCCUUCGUUCCGGCGCUCUGACGACCAAAUACAAGAACCUCUACCGCCCGUCGACGGGCGCCGUGAUGCUGCUGGCUGCGCUGCACACCUGCGACCAGGUGAGCGCGUACGGCUUCAUGACGCCGGACUACAGGAACUACUCGGACCACUACUACGACAAAAGCUACCACCCGGUGGGCUUCUUCAUCAACCACGACCUGCGGAUGGAGAUGGCUCUGUGGCAGCAGCUGCACCAGGAAGGCCUCAUACGGCUCUACGUGCACCGCUGAAUCCAGGUCCAGCAGAUGGUCGCGUCCCGCAGUCUGCAUGCGGACAGGAGGUCCAAAGAUGGAGGACACGUUUUUAUCAAAGCCAAAACAUGAAGAAAACUUAGCAGAAUUUUUCUUUUCACAAGAGAAACGUGUUUCUUGUUUUUAUUGACAGCUGCAGAUGUUGUUAUGUGAGAUCUUUUUUGUUUUAUUUCUUUUUUAGUACUUUUAAUGUUUAAAGAAAACGUUCAAGUUCAGAGGUUUGAUAAACCGAUUCUGAUGAUCUGAUCCUCAUCAGAACUUUAAUUCCCGAAUGAGCCUCUGUUUCUUGGUUUGAAGCUCUUUGGUUGAGUGAACGUUGUGUGAGUGCAGCUUCACUCUAAAGCACCGCAAAUACUGCUGUGCCUGUUCAUCAUCAUCAUCACCAGCAUCAUCAUCUUUUUGUCUUAGUUCCUCUUUAUUUGGGGUAAACAGGAUGCAAAGAGUUGAGGGAUGGAAGCAUCUUCUGGUAAAAAGGAAGUGAGUAGAUGUUAUAGUUUCAUCGUGUUAAUACAGACAUCAUGACCUUCAGUCCUUCACUUCAAAUCUCUACUUGAACUCGUUUUGUUCUGCAUUUCUUUACUUUGAUGAUGAGAAGGCCGAGUGGUGAUGAGAAGGCUGUGUCGGAUCUUCUGGGCUUUUUACAAAAUGUGAAUCAGUCGUUCAGCUGAUUUAUCUGCACAUUUCUGAGGGUAUUGGUAGUUGAGGACGUUUCCAUAGCAACAGUCUUUCUUGGAGGUCUCUGAGGACUCGUCUGGUGGAAUCUGGACUUUUCUCCGAGGGCCAAAGCUUCUCCAUUUAUUGUUUUAGCUCCAACUGGACUCUGGCAUCAGGUCCUCGGUAUCGAUUUCAGAUGAUAUUCACACCAGCAAUGAGGACACACUGUAGGUCUGACAUGAAGGAAGGAAGCCAAACACAAACCGUGAUUCAGGAAACUUUUGUAUUUAACAUUUACUUUUUGUGUGUAAUGUGGAGUCCACAUGUACCCAGACAAAGAGGGUCACCUAAACCGUAUUUCAACAAAGUGCCAAAUAGGAAGGGGAGAAUUUUGAAGAGUGAAUGAAAUGAAAUCCUUUUUUAAAUUCUUUAUGAAAUAAACGUGUGGUUUAUUUUCA